AUGGGAGGACAUUAUGUUAUUAUGGGUAGAAAAGUUCUAAAUGAAUACUUAACACUCGCCACUUGGACUACUUUUGGACUUGGCGUCUUCGCUGCAACACGCUCUUCUUCAAAAAAAGCUGGCUCAACUGUACCUAUCGUUGCGUCCUCACCCGAUGAAGAAGUAUUCAUCAAGGAAUUCUUGAAAGCUGCCGAGGCUGAAGAAAAUAAUGCAAAUGCUCAUUAA